CACGAUUUGUUGUUUUGUUAUUUACAGUGAAAUGUGAAGCGAUUUUCACAACAAUUAGUGCUUAGAUUUGAUUACAAUUAAGUGUUGAUUGAAAUGCAUUCAAACGAGUGCUUAGUAUUGAUAUCGCUAUUAGUUUUGACGCAAAUCUAUUGCAUUGAAAGCCAAAGCAAUGAAUUACAGGACAAUAACAACCGGUUUUACGCCAUCGACGGCAAAGUGAUUCCCUAUUCAGAUAUGACUGAAUCCAUGAACGACUUCCUGAGGAAUACCAAGAUUAUCGUCAAUUAUGGACAACACUUCGCUUUCCUCAGAAACGACGGCUCCUUUUCGGUCACUCAUUUGAUUCCCGGCUCUUAUUUGAUGGAAAUCUCGAAUCCGGAGUACUUUUACGAACCGAUUCGUGUGGACAUCAACUCGAAGGGCAAAAUCCGGGCGCGAAAAGUGAAUUACAUCCAGACGUCGGCCGUUCAACAGUUGCCAUAUCCUCUCAAAUUCAAAAGCAAAGGUCAGUUCAAGUACUUCCAGAUUCGCGAGACCUGGAAAGUGACGGACUUCCUGUUGAAUCCGAUGGUUCUGAUGAUGGUUUUGCCACUCUUUCUCAUUAUGGUUUUGCCCAAAAUGAUGAACGCGGCCGACGCCGACACUCAACGGGAGAUGCAAAACAUUCAAAUGCCUAAAUACGAUGUCCCGGAGCUCUCGGAGAUGAUGACCAGUCUGUUUACGGGACCAAAAGCCCAGACAUCGAAGGUUAAGGCCGUCAAAAAGAGGCAAUAGUAUUGAGUUAGGAUUUUUUAGAGCAAUUAUUUGGAUUGUUUUGUAUUUCAAGUCACAAUUCGUUUAAAUAUUUGUAUUUUUAUUUCGACGUUAAACUCAGAGAAAGAGAUUUCAGUGAUUUGUAUUAAUUAUAAUUUUCUAUCAAUUGAUACUUUAGUUUAGUUUAAUUGCAAUUAUUUUGUAUAAAUAAAUCUCUUUAUAAUAUUUAAACACAAUAAAUGUCACUUUCGGACCAACCGAUCACAACAAAUACAUUUACUUUUGGCCUCUUUUUUUGUGCCAUCGCUUUGCGAGAUUGGAUACC